AUGAAGCUGGACGAUGCCUUGUUGGCAUACAGAACCACCUAUAAAACACUUAUAGGCAUGUCCUUGUAUGCGCUGGUUUUUGGAAAGACAUGCCACUUACCGCUUGAGUUGGAGCAUAAAGCAAUGUGGGCAGUGAAAAAGCUCAAUUUUGAUUUGAAGACCGUAGGGGAAGCAAGGAAACUUCAGUUGGUCGAGCUUGAUGAAUGGAGAACUCAAACAUAUGAGAAUGCAAAGGUCUAUAAGGAGUGCAUGAAACGUUGGUAUGACAAACAACUAUGCAAGAAGAAUCUCCAAGUCGGAUAG